CCCUCCCCCGCGCUCCGGCGCCCGCAUCCCUCCAUCCCAGCCUGUGCCGCAGCCGCAUCGCCACCGCAGCCCCGGCACAGCCGAGAGCGGCCCAGGCCUCUGCCCCUGCCCGGCCCCCGGCCAGCCGCCCCCGCCUGCGAGCCCCCCCUUGGCAGCUCCGGCACCCCCCGGCGCCCCCAGACCCGGCCUCCAGCACCUAGGCAGGAGGCAGGAGCAGCAGAAGCCCGAGGAGGACGAGGAGGAGGAGGAGGAGCCGUCGCAGGAUGAAGGAUCGGACUCAGGAGCUGCGGAGUGCAAAAGACAGCGACGAUGAGGAGGAAGUGGUGCACGUGGAUAGGGACCACUUCAUGGAUGAGUUCUUCGAGCAGGUGGAAGAGAUCCGGGGCUGCAUUGAGAAGCUGUCGGAGGAUGUGGAGCAGGUGAAAAAACAGCACAGUGCCAUCCUGGCCGCCCCUAACCCCGACGAGAAGACCAAGCAGGAGUUGGAGGACCUCACUGCAGAUAUCAAGAAGACGGCCAACAAGGUCCGGUCCAAGUUGAAAGCGAUCGAGCAAAGCAUUGAGCAAGAGGAAGGGCUGAACCGCUCUUCUGCAGACCUGCGUAUCCGCAAAACCCAGCACUCCACCCUCUCCCGGAAGUUCGUGGAAGUAAUGACCGAGUAUAACGCCACGCAGUCCAAGUACCGGGACCGCUGCAAGGACCGGAUCCAGCGGCAGCUGGAGAUCACCGGAAGGACCACGACCAACGAGGAGCUGGAAGACAUGCUGGAGAGUGGCAAGCUGGCCAUCUUCACCGACGACAUCAAAAUGGACUCACAGAUGACGAAGCAGGCACUGAAUGAGAUUGAGACGAGGCACAACGAGAUCAUCAAACUGGAAACCAGCAUCCGAGAGCUGCACGACAUGUUCGUGGACAUGGCCAUGCUUGUGGAGAGCCAGGGCGAGAUGAUCGAUCGCAUCGAGUACAACGUGGAACACUCGGUGGAUUAUGUGGAACGCGCCGUGUCGGACACCAAGAAAGCUGUGAAAUAUCAGAGCAAGGCCCGGAGGAAGAAAAUCAUGAUCAUCAUUUGCUGUGUGGUGCUGGGGGUGGUCUUGGCGUCAUCCAUUGGGGGGACGCUGGGCUUGUAGGCCCCCCACCCCCUUCCCUCCCAGACCCCUCCCCCACUACAUUGGGAGCAAUACCCCCACCAUCCUUUCCACUCCAUCCCCUGCUCCAGGCUCCCCCCUCAGACAGACCCAGGCAGCCCUCUGUCACCCCUCAGCCCCUGGUGUCCCCGGCCUGCCCUUGCCAUGGACCCACCCCCGCCCCGCACGUAGAUAGCAGCAGGCGUGAUUCCACAUGCACACCAA